GUUGGACUGAGCACAGGGUUGUCUGAAGUGACAGCCUGGUGCUGUGCUGUUACACUGGUUCACGGAAUAACCAUUUUUUAGAAAGCUGCUUCCCACGGCAUUUGCCCAUUUCUUCGGUGUAAACACGCCCUUCAUGGCCAACAUCAAGAUGUCAUGUGAAUGCACUGUGUGCCCAGCAUGGACACAGUCGUCUUUCACAGUCAACUUAUAAACAUGAGCUGGGCCCCAUUUCAUGGCAUCCUGUGUACUUCUCAGCUUUGCUGGGUCACCACUCAGCAGAAGCAGCGCCAUACCACCCAUAGUCAUCAGCCUGGCAUGUCUUGAGUUCUUCAUCCAAAGGAUCUGGACACAAGUGGGUGGUCCUCCUGUGCUGUGCUCCUCCCUGUCUGCCUGGCCAAGCCCAGUGGUUCCUCAAGGACAAUGUGUGACUCUUCAGUGCCACUCUCAUUGCAGGUUUGGCAUGUUCAGACUGUACAAGGUCACUGGUGCCCUCAUUCCUGAACUCCACAGCAUAAUGUUGCAGGACAGCUUCCUCGCUGGCCCUGUAAUCCCAGCACAUGCAGGAACUUACAGAUGUUGUGGAUCCUACCUUGGCUCCUCCUCUGUGUGGUCACCACCCAGUGACCCCCUGUUGAUUGUGGUCACAGGAGUCUACAGAAAACCUUCCAUCUCAGCUCAGCCAGGUCCCCUGGUGAAAUCAGAAGGGAACAUGACCUUGCAUUGUCGCUCAGAGAUCCAGUUUGAAGGCUUCGUUCUUCACAGUGAGGAGCUAUCCAAGGCCCCUUGGCACCUUCCCGGGCAGCCCCAUCGUGAGGGUUCCCAUGCUAACUUCAUCAUGGGUCCUGUGACAGCUGCCCAUGCAGGGACCUACAGGUGCUUCGGUUUUCUGAAUCACUCCUUCUAUGAGUGGUACCCCAGCGACCUCCUGGACAUCAUGAUCACAGGUCUACAUAAGAAACUUUCUCUCUGGGCCCAGCUGGGUGCCGUGCUGAGUUCAGGAGAGAACAUGACCCUGUCCUGCUGCUCAGAGAGCAACUUUGACGUGUACCAUCUACCCAGGGAUGGGCAGCUCCGUGGGCACCAGCUGGCUGAGGGGCAGAGGCACGAUGGUGCAUCCUGGGCCCACUUCCUUCUGGGUCCCGCAAAACCAGCCCUGGGUGGGACCUACAUAUGCCAUGGCUCUUUCAACUCCUCUCCCUGUGAAUGGUCAGGCCCAAGUGACCCACUGUACCUUUCUGUCACAGGAAACCUGUCAAGUAGUUGCCUUCCAUACAGAGAACCAAACUCCAAAACUGGUAACCCCAGACACUUGCAUGUUCUGGCUGGCCCUUUAGUGGCCAUCAUCUUCCUCACCAUCCUUCUUUUUUUCCUCACUCAUCGCUGGUGCCAUGCCACAAAGAAUGCUGCUAUAAUGAACAGAGAGCCUGAGGUGGACAUAAUGGUGAGUAGGGAGGAUCCUCCAGCAGAAGACGCACAGGAGGUGACAUACACAGAGCUGGGUCAUUGCAUUUUCACACAGCAAAAAACCACCCCCACUUCCCAGGGGCCCGAGGAACACUCGAGUGAUGCCAGUGUAUACAUGGAAUUUGUAAGGCCAAUCAAGGCUUGAAUCCUAUGCCUGAGCACACCCAGAAAGACCCCGAGGAGGCUUUAGACCCAUGGACGCCAUAGCUCUUUCUGAAACCUCGCUUGACAACUCCGUCCUAACAACAAAUUAUGUCUUCAGAUUCAUCUCACCCUAAGAUGAGAUAAAAACCUCAGGACCCCCUAGAAAACAUUCGUAGGAUUGUUGUCCUUGUUAUUCUCAUCUCUACCAUCUAUUCCCUAAGUCCUCUGCCCUGCUCUGUGCUAUGGUUGUGUUAUGGUAAAGCAUAGGAGCUGAUCCCUAUUGAUUUUGACUUUGGCUUCCUUGCUGUCUGGCUCCAUUGGACCCUGUCAAUAGAGACCUCCCUGUAGUCAUGCUGAGUCAAUUUCUUACUUAGUGCUAUCUUUAACUGCUACCAUUUAUAUAACUCCACCUUAAAGUGAAUUAUCUACAUACUGCCAAAAUCAAAAAUUAUGAUAUUAAGAAUUCUCCAAGACCAUUUGCCUGUGACAGGACCAAAUAUCUUACCCAUGAAUUAAGACACGAUGUAUAGUGUGAAGUAAUGUGUCCCCAGGCUAAGACUGUAAAUAAUUUUGUUCUUCAUUGUUUACAGGGUAAACAACUGUAUUGCUUUCACAGGCUAAAAUGUGAAACACACUAGGGGGUCAGAGAUGUGUUGUUGUUUUUUUUAAUGUUGAUGGUCUUUUCUCAUUACAGAAGAGACAUUCAUUCUUUGUAUAAAAGUUGGAAAAUAGAUACAGAAAAAAGAAAAAUCACCAAUAAAUUUAUCAUCAGAUAAUCAUUUUAAACACUUGUUGCUUUAAUUUUGGCUUAAAGUACUCAUGUGUGUGGUUCGACAGAAUUUUACGCAUUUGCACCUUUGCAACCACCACCUGUGCCAAAAUGUAGAAUAUUCUUAACACCCCAGAAAACUUUCUUGGCCCUUUUUGUGGGUAAGUUCUGACUUCCGUUAUUAUGCUACUAUAAACAAAUAAACAAAGCUAUCAUCUAUCUACUAUUAAUCAUCUUUCUUCCUAGCUAUUACUGAAUUUCACCUACAUGGAACCAUAUACUGUGUAUUUUUGUGACUGGCACCUUUCGUUCAACAUCAUAUGUUUGAUAUUUCAUCACAUCUUUGCAUGUGAAAAAUUAUUUUCCAUCCUGUGUAAGAAUCCAUUGUGUGACUAUGUCACAAUUAUGUAUCUAGUUGUGGUGAGUGUCCCAAACUGUGAUGCCUUAAUUUCUUGCACUCUUAUGUCCUUCCAGAACCAUCCAGAUAGAUCUACCCAAUCUUACUGGAAUCCGGGAAGCCAUGCUGGGGCAGGUCCAGGCAUCCUCAAGUGAGAGAUACUGGAAGCUCUAGUGGCCAGAGAGCACCUGGCUGGUGUCCCCAGCAUGGAGUCUGGCUCUCGCCCAUCACCUUUGCAGCUAACUCCUUCAGGGCACAUUAGGGAGUCCCACGCACCCCAUGUCUCAAUUUAGUAUAGACGAUUGCCCCCAAGGCUCAAUCAAGGAAAUCCAGUAGCAGGAUGUGGAUCUAUCAGGAUAAUUCUGGAAAAAAACAAAACAGUGCAAGAAAUUAAAACAUCAGAGUUUGGGAGACUCGGCAAUAUUUUGGAUGCAGAACUAGCAUCAAAGUUAACCUUGUUAGAGAACAACAGUGAAAAUGACAGUUUCUGUGCAGCAAUGACAGGAAUUCACAUUUUUGAGCACCUCUUCAACAAAAUCUGUUUCACAUAUAUUUCUUCAAUGAAUCUUUCUGUAAUAUUUAUCAGGGCUCCUUGUUAUCUGUACUUUGCUAAGUAGGGAAAUUCAAAGAGAUUAAGUACCUUGUCAAAGGUCACACAACAUGGCAUGUUUGUUGACCAUUAUGGGGCCCCAAAAAGAAGACCCCUGAACCCAACCACUGUCUGGUGAAACCACCUCCUGUAAACAUAUAUCAUACCUUGGAUUUAGGGGAUUGGUCCAGGUAUGGACUUUAAGACACACUUGGGUUUUGGAACCAGGGGAGACCUUGGGCUUGGCUCAAAAAUAUUUCCAGGAAGUCAGAUAUUUUUGUUCAGCACAUGUUGCAGGGAAACCAAAGCUAUUAUUGAGAAAGGAAGUUGUGCAGCUUUCUCUAUCAACAGUUUGUAGAGGGACCUGAACAAGGAUGAGAGGACCUAACAGACAGACAGCACCCGUGCAUGGGUCAUUUCUGUGGGGCUCCUGGUUUCUGCACAACAGAGGUGUACAAUAGCCAAGGAAGGAAAGUAAGUGUAUUAGGUCCUACUGAGGUCUACAAGGGGAGGCAUGGGGGAGUUACCUGGAACUCCCCAGAGACUGGGGCAUGGACCCAUAGCAAUCACAUGGACAACUGAGGUUUUCCACAACCUCAGUUUGAACACAAGGUUUCAGCUUGGAUGCUAGGGUUAAGGCAAGAAUUUGGAAAAGAGUUUAAGUCUCCAUGUGACUUCUCUUACAGUGUUAUGAAUGAAUAUGAGAAGGCGAAUCCUUCUCUCAGACCACAAUGUCCUCUUUCUCAGUAGAGAAGUAAGAGGCUCCUUCCAGGGCACCUGGGAGGCAAAAAAAAAAAAAAAAAAAAGGUGUUUAGGGAUAAGUUUGAUUCUGAGAACAAGUUGGCUGUUGAGAUCCCAGGGAAGAGAAGAUUAAAGAAAGGUUUUGGGCAUUUGUGCCUAGAAAGAUGUUCUAGAGACCUUCCCACUGGAAUGAUCUAGGUUCUGUGACCCUAAAUGGGGUCUACAUUCUGUAGAGCCUGAAUUCCUCAAGGAAAGGAUGCUGUGGAAUGCAUGAAGUUCAGUAAUGUCCCAAAGCAAGUUCUGGUUCCUCAGCCUAUACAUGCCAGCAGACAACACAGGACACUUGUUCUCAGCUAGGGCAACAUGGCUGUGUCCACACAUGGACCAUUAUAAUAGUGUCUGGAGACAUUUUUAGUUAUCACGACUGUGGAGGGGGUUCUACUGGCAUCUAGUGGACAGAAACCAGGGGUGCUUGCCAACAUCCUGCAAUGCCCAGGAUGGUGCUCCCUGCCCCCCACCCCCGCACACACAGCAGAGAAUCACUAUCUAACCCUGUCAAUAAUGCUAAAGUUGAAAAAAAAAACCCAAAACCUUGUCUAGGAUGCAAUGCUGGUCACCAUUUCCAAAAACUAGCUGAAAAAUGUGCCAUGAACCCCUGGAAAAUGUGUUAUACCCUGAGAUAAACUCAUUUUUUACAGCGACAAAGCCAUGUUUUAUUAGACAGUGACUCUGUGUGUGUGUGUGUGUGUGUGUGUGUAUAGUAACAUUUCCAUGUACCCUCUGAUAUACAAUAUCAAAUAUUUCACAUAUCAGAAUAUACUAAGAAAAGUAGGUUUUGCCACUUCUCAAAACAUAUCCCUCAUCUCUUUUCAGUUCCGCAUUUCCCUCAAGAGUAAGUUCUAUUGCAGAGGGCACCUGUUGGGGUGAACACUGGGUGUUGUAUGGAAACCAAUUUGACAGUAAAUUUCAUAUUAAAAAAUAAAAUAAUUUUUUAAGAAAGAGUAA